AUGGCACCCUUCAACGAGAAGGACACCAAACUAUACCGCAAUGAUGUCGCCUCGGGCGGUCGAACGCUCUCAGCGUCAGAGCGCGAAAGACUCCUACAAUCAUACCUCCCCGCUCCAACUUCACACACACCAGAGACGAAUCCCCAGUCGGCCAGCCAACCUGCUCGUCGAAAGUCCCGUGGUCACAAGCGACGGGUCCGACCUUUCCUCAAAGCGAAGCUUCACUUCGUGAUCUUCUUCCUCAUCCAACUCGUGUUCGGUAUCUACAUCCGCCUGCGCCAGAUCUACCAUGCCACGGUCUACAGAUUACUGGCCAUCCGACACUACCACCACCGCACGCCCGAAUACAUCCAAAGAGACGUCCAGAACCUCGACCGCAUCCCCGAACACCUGAGCGUGAUUUUGAAGUUCAAGACCGAAGAAGACGGCGGGCUCGAAGCCCUGAUGGACGAGGUGGCAGAGUUGUGUGCCUGGUCCGCAGCCGCGGGGAUCCCGCUACUGAGCGUGUACGAAAGGUCGGGCAUCCUCAAAACAUACAUGUCUCCGCUGCAAGAGCUGGUGAGGCAAAAGUUGGUGUCAUACUUUGGACCACCGCCUGUGGCGCCGUCGCUUCGAGUCUUUGCGCCCAACCACCCCUCGAUCAGUCCGUCAAGAACACCCUCGCCGCACAUACAGCCGCAGUUAGCAGAUGGGUCAGAUGGGCGACGACCGCACCUCGAUCUAUUCCUCCUGUCGGCCACAGAUGGGAGAGACACGCUGGUCGACCUCACCCGCACUUUGGCGGAGAUGGCACAAGCCCACAAGAUCGAUCCCAAGGACAUCACAUCCAACCUGAUCAACGCCGAAAUCAGCGCCACGACAGCAGUUCACAGUCCAAGGACACAGAAUGGGCACAAGCCUGCUGGCAAGGAAGUGGAAGCCGGCGAGCCUGACCUCGUCAUUGUCUUUGGACCGACCGUGAAGUUGGAUGGCUAUCCGCCCUGGCAGAUCCGGCUCAGCGAGAUCUAUUGUGUGGGCGAUUCAGGCGGAGACGUCUCCGGGAGCGGCAGCACGAGAGUCGAGUACCAGGCUUUCCUGCGGGCGUUGUGGAGGUACGCGGGAGCCAAGUUCAACUUUGGAAGGUGA